AUGACAAAAUCGGAGUGGCCACAGAGAUUCCUAAAGUUCUUAUCCAUCUUCUACUUGCAGUUUGUUGUGGUUAUCUAUAUGACAAGUGAACGACAUCCUGUCAUUUGCCGCAGUGAAACUGAGGAAUAUUUUGUUGACCCAGUUUCCAGUACCAAAAAAAGGUUUCCGAGUCUUUCAGCACCGGCAGAGCUUCAACUGUCUGUUAUUGUGCCUGCAUACAAUGAGCAAGAAAGGUUGCCCAAGAUGAUGGAUGAGUGUCUGGAUUACUUGGAAGCUAGAAGAAAAGAAAGUGAACAUUUUCAGUAUGAAGUUAUUGUGGUAGACGAUGGGAGCAGUGACAAAACAACAGAGGUCGCACUGAAGUAUUCUCACAAGUUUGGUACGGAUAAAGUUAGAGUUCUGACUUUUGAGAAAAAUAGAGGAAAGGGAGGAGCAGUGAGACUAGGUAUGAUGAGUUCAAGAGGAGAACAUUUGCUGUUUGCUGAUGCUGAUGGUGCAUCUAGUUUUCCUGACUACUCCAAAGUGGAAAUGAAAAUGAGGAAAAUAUGUGAUAGUAAUAAGACUAAUGAGGCGAUAGUUUGUGGAUCAAGGGCUCACUUACAAGACGAGGCUGUUGCAACACGUUCCUUAUUUCGGACUUUGUUGAUGCACGGAUUUCACUUCAUGGUCUGGUUGCUAUGUGUAAGAGGCAUCAGGGACACCCAGUGUGGCUUUAAGCUUCUCACCAGGCAAGCAGCUCGGUCAACCUUCAGUAACCUUCAUGUCGAACGCUGGGCUUUUGAUGUGGAGCUGCUGUACAUAGCACAGACAUUGGGUAUUCCAAUUGGUGAGGUAGCCAUAAACUGGAAGGAAAUUGAUGGUUCCAAGAUGGUGCCAGUGUGGAGUUGGUUACAAAUGGGUAGGGAUCUCCUUCUGAUACGUUUUCGAUAUUUGAUAGGUGCGUGGCAACUAAAAGAGAAAGAACUCUAGGUGCCAGUUUUUAUGGUGCCAAGUUGUGUAUCAUGGUCUUACUGUGCCUUGCCUUCCAGAGUUCAUUGCAACGUGUACCAAGCAUGUUUGUAUUUAAAUAUUGUUGAGGUAAAGAACUGUAUUUUAUAGUAAUUCAUAACAUUACAUUGUUUACAAAGAGAAGAGAAAUAACAGUGUCAUAAUUGCAUUUGAUGGCAAGAAUUAGGUACCCAAAAAAAUGUUCCACAAUAUACACAAUGGCUAAAAUAUUCAGAUUGGCAGGCAUGCAGCUAUAAAUUAAUGUUGAGUUGUUCAUGCAAGCAGUUGCUUGCAAAUUAAUUAUGUUCAGUGUACCUUUCAGUUAUGUUCAGCAGUAUGUACAUAUUUAUUUGGAUUUUCUACAUAUCGUGCAUUGUUCUAAUAAAUGUAUGUAACACUGAUGAGCUGUGAUAGAUAUAUUGCUAUAUAUUCACACUGAAGCUGUUAUGAUAUUGGUUUAGUCUGUGAUAAGUUACAGCUAGCAUUUGAUCGUAGUAUGAACACUAAAUGUGUAUCUAGGUAUGUCUGUUUUUAAAAAUUGUUACUAAACAUGCUUUAACAUGCACACCUUGUUAUAAAUAUUAACAAGUAAAAAAAAACAAUAUAGGUCAUAUAAAGUAAUAAAUUAACAGUCAUCACA